AGCGGCGCGGGGACGCUCAGGGAGGUGGGCGGUGCGUCGGGAGCGCGCGUGUGCGACGCCUCCUGCUCCUCCUGUUGCUGCUCUCCGGCACCGGCGGGCGCGGGGCGACAUGAGCACGUGCUCUGUAUCCAAGGGCUGCUUUGUCUUUAAACCAAGUACCAAGAAGAGAAGAUUACCUGAUAAAACAGCUCCUGAUUUCAGAUGCACGAGCAAUGAUUCAGAGGACACUGAGCUACGGUUUGUCACCUGUCAGUCUUUAUGGAACCAGAUCAAAUCUGAAACAGAGCAAAUACAGGAAAACUUGAAUAAGCAGUUGCUUGAAAAUCUGGUGAGUUUUUUGAGCCGAUCUCAUUCUGACUUUCAAGAGAAGACAACAGAAUGGACUUUCAAGAUGAAGUUCAGAGAAAUCCCUACUGCAGCUCUUGUCUUAGGAGUGAAUGUUACAGAUCAUGACUUGACUUUCAGAGGUCUCUCAGAUGUCCUUCAGGAUAACAUUACUCCUUAUGUAGCCAUGCUGGAAGCCAAAGAUUGCCCAGGUAUAAAAAAUCUGAUGCAGAAGCUGAUGGGGCAGCUGAUGAACUGUGAUUUAGAUGUGGACUCACUGGAGGAUGAGGACUGUGUGCAGGUUUCACAGAAUAGAGUACGUUGUUCAAUGCCUUCUCUUAUCAGCUGGUAUGACAGUGUAACAAAGAAAACAGAUUCCGAAACUCCAAGCAAAAAAAGAAAUUCCUCCUCUAGACACUGGCAGUCUCCUCCAGUUGUAGUCGUAUUCAAAGACAUGGAAAGUUUCACCACCAAAGUUCUUCAAGACUUCAUAGUCAUCAGCAGUCAGCAUAUCCAUGAAUUACCUCUAGUGCUGAUUUUUGGAAUUGCUACAUCACCAAUGAUUAUCCACAGACUACUUCCUCACUCAGUUUCUUCUCUGCUAUGCAUAGAGCUUUUCCAGUCCAUUUCCUGUAAGGAGCACCUGUCUACUAUAAUUGACAAGCUGCUUCUGACAUCCCAGUUUCCCUUUAAACUGGGAGAAAAAGUUCUGCAGGUUCUCAUCAACAUAUUCCUGUACCAUGAUUUUUCUGUACAGAAUUUUAUCAAAGGAUUUCAGCUCUGUAUUGUGGAGCAUUUCUAUUCCCAGCCUCUCAGUGUACUGUGUUGCCACCUCGUAGACAUUAAGAAGAGAGUUUAUUCUUUAUCACAUGAUCAGUGUGAAAACAUUCGGAGACUGCCCUCUUUUAGAAGGUAUGUGGAAAAGCAAGAGUCAGGGAAACAGAUUGAACUGCUGACAAACGACAGCUUCUUGAAGGUAGAAACAAAGAAGUUGCUGGAGGACUUACAUGUUUACCAUGAAAAUUAUGUUCGAAUUCUGAGAUGUCUUCAUGUUUUCACAUCUUCUCUUCCAAAGUAUCCUUUGGGCAAGCAGAUCAGGGAGUUGCACUGUGCUUGUUUGGAAAACCGAGUGUGGGAGACAGAGGAGUAUGAGUCAUCUCUUCAACUAGCAAGGAUGCUGAAUAAGACUGAUUUAGUAACCAUGCUCCAACAAUGUGUGGAAAUUUUGAUGUCAUCUUCUGGAAAGGAGUUUGAUAGGGCCGUAGAAAAGUUGAAGGAGUUCUUGACCCAGUUUCAGAAUCUAGAAGUAGCAGAAGCUUCCCAAGAACGAGAUGUGUCCAUAUCGCCACAAAAGGAGCUCCAGAAGAAGACAGACCUUUAUCAUCUUCAGAAGACUUUGUUGGAGUUGAAGGAAUCAAGGAGGUCUAAGAAACUGACAAAGUUUGAAAUGCUUCGUUUUGAAGUUGUUGACUAUAUAGACAGUCUUGUAAGAAGAUACCUUGUUCCUGCAGACGAAAGGACCCUGCAUGAGGUUGUGUAUUUCAACGGCGCCGCUGUUCUCCGAGGGCACUUGAAUGCUGCCCCCAGGACUGCCCUGCACACAGCUUUGAACAACCCCCACUGGUACCUGAAGAAUCAAGCUCUGAGAUGUGAUGGAGGAGGCAUUUCUAACAAAGCCCCUGACAUAUGCAUAGUGUAUAAGCUUCAUUUGGAAUGUGGCAGAUUGAUCAAUCUUGUUGAUUGGUUAGAGGCUUUCUCAACUGUGGUGAUGGCAGCUGAGGAACCAAAUGAUGCAGCUUCCUCAGACCAGGUGGAUGAUGUUAUCCACGCUCGCUUUAUUCGAGCCGUUUCUGAACUGGAGCUCCUGGGUUUCAUAAAGCCCAGCAAGCAGAAAACUGACCACGUGGCAAGGCUGACGUGGGGAGGCUGUUAAUGUGCCACCAAGGUGCUAAUAAACCUUCCCAACAGAGCAAGGGCUGUGUUCCCACACAGUUACUUCUCGCUAACUUUGCAUACUGAGUCAAAGUCAGCGGUGCCUGAAUGUUGUGAGAUACAUUCUGAGUGCCUGGGCAGGCUUGAAUAGAGUUGUUUUUUAAUGCUCAUCUUCCCUGUGUAAUGUUCUGCUGUAUUAAUGCUCAUUUUCCAAAUACUGUAUUGUUGUGCCAGUUUCAAUCUUCUUUGAUGUGUGAUAUUUAACAGUCCGCUGAUACAGCUCAGGCUAGCAAGCCAAAAGGACAGCACUGGCUGUGUCAGCCAAAAAGUGAUGAAGCAGUAUUAUUAACAUCCUUAUAAGCUGAUAUGAUUUGAGUCAUUAAUAUAAAAUGCCUCCUGAUCCUUGAACUAGGUUUAAAAAUAAAUAAAACAAGUAUGCUAAAGAAGACAAUGAAAUUC